AUGGGUAUUCGCAGGGGUAACUUCAUUUUGUUGGCCACCUUUUUAUACGUCCUUAAAAUUUGUGUCAUCCAAAUGACCACAAUAGUUGGUCAUCGGGGGUGUGGCACCAGUGAAGCAGGGGGGACUUCCCCCUACCCGGAAAAUUCCUUAUACUCAUUUAAAAAAGCAGUGGAUGAAAACAUUGAUGGAAUUGAAUUAGAUGUGUGGCUAACCAAGGACAAGGAAGUUGUGGUUAUUCACGGAACGGAGGAUGGGCUGCUCGGCCACACCUUACUGUAUGAUGAAGAUUCGAAAAAAAAACACAUAGAAGAAUUAACAGCAGAGGAAAUACAGAGCUAUCAUUUUAAAGAACCCUGGAUCCUAACCAAAGGGAGGCAAUUCUACCAGCAGGGUUCCACCGCAUCAGGUGUAUCCAACGUUGAAGUGGAAAACGUGGCAACUAACCAUGCAGAAAGAGAAGGAACAAUUAUCCAAAACGAUAAGAACACCUGCAAUUGCAACGGUGAGCAUCACCAAGAUGGUCAUUCCCACGGAGUUUAUGUUAAGACACCCGUGAAAAAUGAACAGGAAAAUGCAAAAUUCGCCACCCUCAGUAAAGCAGAAAAGGAAAAAAAAAACAUGGAGUACGCAGAUUAUAAACGGCCCUACAUAAAUAUGGAUGAAAAUGACGAAUUGGAAAAAAUGCUUAACGGAACUUCCCUGCAGGAUUUGUUCCCAGAGGAAGGGAAACUGGAUGGCGAACUAGACCAGUCACACACAGAGGAAAGCACCCCCCCAAUGAACGAGCAACUCCUAGAGCAACAAUUCGUUAAUUCCAUAAAAUGCAAUUUCUGUAAAGAUAUAUACACACACUAUGUAAUGAAAAAAAAUUACAAUUUGAAAAAAAAAAAAAAGCUGUUCAUAUUUUUGUCAAAGUUUUAUCACGUGCCCCUUUUAAAGGAUGUGCUAAAUUUGUACAAAGACAAAUUAACAUACGACAUUGAGCUGAAGGGAAUGAAAGAAGAUUUGGGGAUCCACCUACUGGACAUAUUAGAAAAUUAUAAAAACUAUAAAUUCAAAUUUAGCUCAUUCAGUUGGGUACUAAAUAAUGGACAGGUGAAAGAAAAAAGUGAAGAGAAAAAAAAUGGGGAAAUUUCCCAUGGUAACCUGCAACAAAUCGAUUUAUUAAAAGCUGUUCGAAAUAACAGAUUGAACAUCCCUGUUGCUAUGCUAUUUUCUGACGAUGAAGUCAUGCCAAAUUUUGAUUCCAUCUUUUCUACCAUGAAAUAUUAUAAUGCUGAGUGGGCACACUUUUCCUAUCGAUCCUUCAAACAGCCAAUCACCAUGGAUGGAAGUGGAGGAGACAAAGUCGUUACUUCCGUUGAAAACUUCUUCCAGACGCUACAUAAUAGCAAUAAAAAAAUUAUGAUUUACUGGGGCACUGAGGAUAAGGACGAAUACCAAGACCAUUUGUUUUACGUAAAAAUGGGUGUCGACUCUAUAUGCCCUAAUAAUAUAGACAUUGCCAGGCAGGCCCGUCUGCACGCUUCCUCGGCGUGA